AUGACACCUUCACUUCGUCAUCUCAAGCUGGCUUCUCAAAGAAAAAUGCUUGAUUCUGUUUUCGAUAGUACUUAUUGGGAAAACCUCAUUUCUAUCAAACUACCAAAACUAGAUAAAUUCGAAUUCAUCUUCUUUUAUACUGAUAACAAAAACGAUGAUUCGAUUAAUCUUGAAGUUCUUAUUGCUCCAUUUCGAUCCUCUUUCUGGCUUCACGACAAACGAUGGUUUGUAGCUAGUGCUUAUGUCUUGCGGGAAAAUGAGAUCUGGCUUCACACGAUACCAAUUAACUGCACUGGCAUUAAGGAUUUAGUUCGAGUUGAAACAUCAUGGAUGGACAAUGGUUAUCGUUUGACAGAGAGAACACUCAAUAAAAUACUUGAUACAUCUUCAGGCAAGACACUUACCAAGCUCGAUCUUCAUUCGAAUCGAAUCAGUGGCCAAAAGAUACAAUAUUUGAUUAAUGCUUUAUACAAUAACACGGCACUCGUCGAACUCAACCUCGGCGACAGUCAGAUCGGAGAUCGCGAGGCACAAGAUCUUGCUCAUGCUUUACAAAAUAACAGCACACUCACAAUACUUGGGCUUUGGCAAAAUCAAAUUGGACAUCAAGGAGCACAAUAUUUCGCUGAUGUUUUACGUAACAACACGACACUAAAAGAACUCUGCCUUCAAAAUAAUUCAAUUGGAGAUCUAGGUGCACAAUAUCUUGCUCAUGCUUUACAAAACAACACAAUACUCACUACACUCUAUCUAGACGCCAACGGAAUUGGAAGGCAUGGCAUACAAAAUCUCGCCAAUACUUUAGAAAAUAACAAGACGAUCAUUACACUUGGACUUGGAUACAAUCAAAUCGGAGAUCAAGAGGCACAAUAUCUUGUCAAUGCUCUUGCAAAAUCACUAUUCGGCUGUUUUAGUGAUAUUAAAACGUGUUGCUGUGGAUUCUGCUGCCUACCAUGUACGUUUGGUGAUAAUGUUGAAAAAACCGAUGGUACUAGCUGUAUAGGAUGUUGUCUUGCAUAUUGGGUAUCGAGCGCCUGUUAUUUAUGUUGGGUCCCACACAUGAUGAAACGAAAAGUAUUACGUCAAAAAUAUCUUUUGAAACCAGAACCAUGUCAUGAUUGUCUUGUAACUGCUUGUUGUGGACCGUGUGCUGUUUGUCAAGAGGCUCGAGAACUAAAGAGUAGAAGUGGAGCACAAGGUCGUCCUAACGUAUUACCCGUACGUGCUCAACCAGUGGCUUAUCGAAAAUAA